GUGAAGAGGUCUGCAUGGAAGGCGAGGAGGAGGGACGCUGGUGGGAGGGACGGCACAACGCCGAACCGGCCGCAGCAGCGGCAUCAUCAUCAUCAUCAUCAUCAUCAAGGGGCAUCCGCAGUCGUGGUGACGCUCCAAUGAUGCCGUCCUCCUCAACCCCACCAACCUAUCAACCCACAUCAGCCACCAGUCUGGUAUCGGAACGAGGCCUUUACGUCAACUGGUUAGACCAGGCCUGGAUUGAGCGGCUGCUGGCUCCCUCCCUGGACCCCCAGGGACCCCACCUAGCCGCCUUCGAGCCGCGCCACGUGUCAGGGGUGCUUUGGGCUCUCGCCAAGUUUGAUGUACGGCCGCGUGCUGAGCUCCUUGCGACUCUAUGUGAGCGAGCAGCGCAACUGGCUCGAGACGCAGCUUGCUACCCCUACGCUUCCUCGACCUCAGCCGUCGCCACUCAGUCCACACCAGGCGCUUUACAUCAGGCCGCUGACCCUUCCUCUUCCUCCUCCUCCUCAUCAUCAUCAACAUCAUCAGCAGCAGCAGCAGCAACAGCAGAAGCAGCAGCCUCUUCCUCUCCUCCACCGGUUGGCGAUGCCGACCUGAAGCCCCAGAGCCUGUCGCUGACGCUUUGGGCGCUGGGUCGUCUAGGGUUCUACCCGCAUGGCUCGGUGAUGACGUCAUUGCUGGCGGCAUGCGAGGCAGACAUGCGGGCGACACUCGUGCGCGAUGCGCAAGUACGGCAGCAGCCGUACGGCAACGGUUACCGCUGCCGUGCAAUUGAUGUAGCGCAUCGGCUUUGGGCGCUUGCAGCGCUGGGGUACCACCCCGGGGAGGAGUGGCUGGACUUGGCGACGUGGACGUUCCUGACCCGUGGGUCGGUUGAAGAGGUCUCCGGUCAAAGCUGCAGCAUGGUCAUCUGGGCCUUAGCCACACUGCGCCUACAUCAUCAACCUCAACCGCAGCAUCAAACCCAGCCGCAGCAGCUCCAGGAGGGUGAUACCCCCGCUGCCGCUGCGACCCAUGGGUCAGGACGACCCAUGGCAGCGGUCCCCCAAGCAGAGGCUGCACCGGCAGCAUCAGCAGCAACAGCGGCACCGACUGUACCCAUGGCACAAGUUGACGCCCCGGGGGAGGAGGGUGAUAGCAGCUGCCACAUGGCUAUACAGUCCUCAGCACCAGCAGCAGGGGCAGGAGCGGCGGCAGCAUCAGCAGCAUCAGCAGCAGGAGCGGCACCCACCUCAUUGGACCCCCACCUGCUGCUGGGCCUGCUGGAGGGCUGCCUGGAGCGCAUGAGCCCGCAGCACCUUGCCACGGUGCUGUGGGGGCUGGAGAGGCUGGGUGUGCGACCCAGUGAGGCAUGGCUGCAGG